ACCGCUCAGGUGCAGUUAUAGCACCGAACUCUUAACUGCUGGAAACAAACACAGCAGCCGAACAUGCGCCAAGGGGCCUGAUCCACCUGAGAUCAAACCUAACCUGUCAUCCAUUCUCCGGCAUGUACCCCAACUACCAGCCGGGGAGACACCCGGCUCAGACCCUCACCCUGAACGGCCAGUACCUUCCGCCUGCUUAUGAUUUCUCCGGUUACCAUCACAGCGUGUCGGGGGUCACCGACCCAUCAACGACCACCUGGAACCCUGUUUAUACUCCCCGCGAGGAGAACCCCUACAGCUUCCCGGGUUCGAGCCCCAGCGCGGGGCAGGUGAGCUACACCUCCCCGGAGCUGAGCAACGCCCCCUCAGCCGCAGGAGGAGAGGGGUCCCUCACUCCCUACAGCUUCAUCCCAGGACAGGACCCCUUCAGCUUCCGGAGGAGACCACCUGAGCCCAUCAGGCAGACAUUUUCAGUUGGAAAGACACGGACGAAGGACAAGUACAGGGUUGUGUACACCGAUCACCAACGGCUGGAGCUGGAGAAGGAGUUCCAGUGCAACCGCUACAUCACCAUGAGGAGGAAGUCUGACCUGUCAGUUUCUCUAGGACUCUCUGAGAGACAGGUGAAGAUCUGGUUUCAAAACAGACGUGCGAAAGAGAGAAAGAUCAACAGGAAGAAGCUGCAACAUUCCCAACAGGCCUCCACAACGACGCCCACCCCACCUGCUCUCGGUGUACUCACUGAAUCCCAAGUUACCAGCAGCCCCGGCACCAGCAACAUACUGUCGGACAUAAAAUCAGAGGAGUACUAGCUGGAUUCCUGAUCCAAGACAGACAGCAUAUCCUAAAUGUAAAUAGUUUCUGUUUUUAUUUGUUCAACAAAGAAUAAUUAACCAUUCACAUCACUGAUGCCACUAAUCCAGUUUUCUGUUUUUUAUUGUGAAGCUACACAUGUUGCGCCAAUCAUUUCUACAGGGUGCAUUAAAAAUAUUUAGCUUUUUAUUUACCAGCAUAGCCUAUUAUCAGAUCAACACAGUAGCAAUUUACAUGUUUAAUGUUUAUAGCGCAGUACAAAAAGUAUUUGCACCCUAACAGGUUUCUGCAGGGUUUUUAAUUAGCUAAUGACAUUUACAGCUACAGGUCAUCAAAAUUUAUUGGUAACAGGUGAGGUUAGCGUGAAGCUUCUUUUCUAAUUUUUUGGAACAGCACUUUUAUUUAUUAAGGAAAAGAGGUAAAUGAACCAACCCGCUUCUAGGUGAAAAAAAUAACCGAAAUAAACCAGACAUUUGCCUCACAUUCACUAGCCACACACUGGCCUGUUUAUUGCUAGACCUGUAGAAAUAAGAACUCACUCAAAUAGAAACUAAAGAAUGUUAAGUCAUCAGUUUGGGAUCUUAAGACAAAUGCACUUAGAAACUGUAGCAGUGUAAUAACUAAAAUAAAAUCACACCUGUAAGUCUAAAAAUUUAAAAGUAGAAAAAAACCAGACAAAAUAAUGCUUUUGAGGGUCUAGUACACAUCUAUGCAGUGAAAUGAUCUUAAAACAGACCUGUCAUGUUGAAAAACCACCCAGUAUGACUUUAAUUAAAUAGUCCUGCAUAAAAAAGUGACACAAACUUAAUCCUGAGAAGGAAAAGCCUCCUUCCCACUUAUCAGGAAUAAUUGAUAGCGGUUGUUGACAAGGCUUGCACAGUCAUUAGGUUUAAGGUCAGAUAGUGUAAGGAUAUUUUUUACCCUAAUAAAUAAAAAAUGUCAAUAUUAUUACAAUUAUUAUUAUGUUUUGUACAUACUCAGGUUAUAUUUCAUGUGGUGGAAUGUUGAAGUUUCACAAGAAAGCAAAACGAAAAAGGCCAAUCUGUACCAACAAAUAUUUCUUCACAACACUGUAUUUGUUAACCAGUUAACCAGCAUUGGAAAAACCCUUUCACAGGCCUCUUUUUAAAGAACAAAAUAUUAAUUAAGUUAAUUAUUAUUUUAAGUUUGGUCUUCUGUUGUUAAAUAUAUCUUGCAUUAAGAAGUUAUUUGUUCUUCUUUUUUUACCAGAUACCGACAUGGCAACUGCUGUGCUGGGUGCUUAUAGGUAGCAAAAAUGCAAAUGAAGUUCAAAAAUAGAUUUGAUAUGACAUUUUGUGGAAGUUCUGCUGUUUCGGUUUAUAGGAAACGGAAACAACAAAGCAGACAGGAACAUGGAGAGAGAGAGAGAGAAAAAAAGAAAAGUGAACUAAAGUUUUCUGAGGUGUGAAAAAAUUUUUAAUAUUGAAGCAUGAGAGAUUGAAGGGAAAUUUUUAUCUUUAUAAAGUGGCUUUAUUCAGACCUUUUCACAAAAAAAAAAAAGUUUUCAGGAAGUACAGUUGUAAAAAUUAGGAAACUAGAAAUUAAGAUGGCGGUGUUUAGCCACAUCCUGAAAGACAGAUGCAAGAUUGCUCAACCACACAUCAUGUGAUUUUCAGUCACUGUAGCUCUAAACAAAGAGUUUCAGUUGUAUGUCCUUAAAGCUUAAAAUUAAGCUAAUAUUUUAAAGAAUACAUGCAUGAAAAAAAAAGACAGAGUUUAAGUUAUCAAUUCCUGGACUAACUUUAUCUCAGCUAAAGAACUGGCUUGCUUGAGGCACAAAAAUUGGCACUGGACUUUGUUUUAUGGUGGGGUAACUAUGGCAUGGCACGGCAGGGUCAUAUGAGAGUGCCAUGACAAUCAUAAUCUCUUGACAUUUAUGGAAAACAAAUCUUUCAUUACAUCUUAAACAAUCAUACAAUGGUUGAUACUCUCUGAAAAUACAGAAUUUGAACAUUUGCAGAGAACCACACUAUCUGGUUCCUGUUCUUAAACUGGACGAAGUUGAAGUCUUUAUUUGAGCAACAGGAAAAGAUAUUAGAUGGCAGUUUAAGGAGAAUACAACUGUCUUCAAUCAUAAACCUACUUUAUGGUCCUGUAAGUCAGCUGAAUGAUUGUUAACCUUUAACCUUGGACUAUAAAACUUAACAUAUCCUGUCGUUGAUUAAACAGACAGAAAGUGAAAGCCCAAACUUCUCUGGAAAAAUCGGACCACAAGAUCAUAGUAUCACUAAAAAUCAUCAAACACCUGAACAAUCUUAAUAAAUAUACCCUAUUUAAUGGUUUUUAAACUUGCAAUAUAUACUAAAGAAAAAAGAAUUGCCUAAUGAUAUAAUCAUUUUCAUUUAUAUUGUUAAGAAAUUAUUUAGGAAUAAAAUAAAUAUCAUCCAAAAGUUUAAAACUGCUGAAAAGAUCAGGUUGCCUUUAAAUGUGAUUGAAUUUAGUUGCUAGUAGAAAGCAAAACUAAAACAAAGCAGUGAACAUUUGCCAAAGGGAGGGACAUGUAUUUGGAGUUUAUGAAGAGCUUUUUUUAAAUAGAAAUUUGUUUGCAAAGAGGAUCUGCUAACUACAGUAGGUACCAGUUGUUUAUCAUAAAAGCUCAAGAAUUCAGUCGGAUUCACAUGAUGGCCCCCAUUAACAUAGCUUUUUAAAUCAUCUAUCAAAUGUAGAUCUUUACUUUGACUAAAACUAACACAUUACUUUCCCUUGAUCCAGAAUUUUCAGGUCUAAUUAGAUGCCUAUAGUUGUUAUCCUGCUAGAAGAUAAACCUCUGACCCAGCCAACAGUGCUUUCCAGCCUCCAACAUAUUAAGCUGCCCUAUAUUUUGCGCCUCUGCCCUUCUAAUAUCUCUAAUCACUGUCACUGCUGAAGAAACAUUCCCACAUCAUGAUGCUGCCACCUGCCCCUUUACACGGUUAGCAUGUGCUCAGUGUAAAGCACUGUGUUGGUUUUCCAUCUGCAAUAUUUUUUUCCAUAUAGACCAGGUAAUUUCACAUCUCAAAUGAACCUUCAUUCAUGUUGACCAUGUUGACCUUUAACAUGUCUUCUGGAAAGGCCCAAAUAUUCAUAUGUUUUGGGGAAUGAUCUAUAAUGUAAUCUGUCUUACUCAUGUAAAUU